UAUUCGCGAUUCUUUUCAAUAACAAGUUACAAAAAUCUUCGUUACGUUGAUCGAUCAAAUUAAUCUGCAGAUAGAGAAAAUGUCUUUGAUUCCAAGCUUCUUUGGCGGCAAUGGCCGCCGGAGCAAUGUCUUCGAUCCGUUUUCGUUGGAUAUUUGGGAUCCAUUUCAGGGCUUUCCAUUCUCCACCGCCGGAGAAACAACCGCGGUGGCCAACGCUCGGAUCGACUGGAAAGAGACGCCGGAGGCACACUUGUUUAAAGUGGAUGUUCCCGGAUUGAAGAAGGAAGAAGUGAAGGUUGAGGUUGAAGAUGGGAAUAUUCUUCAGAUAAGCGGAGAGAGAAACAAAGAGAAAGAGGAGAAGAACGACAAGCACCGUGUCGAGAGGAGCUCCGGAAAGUUCAUCCGCAGAUUCAGGCUGCCGGAGAAUGCUAAAUUGGAAGAGGUGAAGGCGGCGAUGGAGAAUGGGGUGCUGACUGUCACCGUGCCCAAAGAGGAGGUGAAGAAACCCGAGGUCAAGGCGAUUGACAUCUCUGGUUAAUUAGUAAUUAAUUAUCGAUCCUUAAUUAUUCUGAAUUAAGGCUUCAAGUCUGUUUGUCUUGUUGAAUAAGUACUUAAUGUUACUGUGUGUGAUGUAUCCCAAGUUUGAAGUGUAUUUUCUUGUUUCUACUUUUAUCAGUUGUAAAAUUGUUUGAAUUUGUGUUCAUGGUGUUCUA